UUCUACUUGAGAAAUCCCAUUCCUCGCUCCUAAAUAUAUAUACCAUGUCCCUGUUCGUUCUAAACUUCUAAAGUUUCCAAGUGAUCAAUUGGGUUUUCUUUUCUUUUCUUAUCAUCACUGAUAUUAGCUGCAGUUCAGAAGAAGAAAGUUUGGGAGAAAGAUAUUGGAAGAGUGGAAAUGAUGGAGGGGGGAAGUUCAAAGACAAAGAGAGCAGCAGUUGCCUAUGCAGCAUAUGGGAGAGGGAAGGGAAAGGAUAUGAGCAAAGUCCAGUGUUUCGACUGUAGGGAGUAUGGUCAUAUUGCUGCCAACUGUGCCAAUAAAGUUUGCAACUACUGUAAGAAACAAGGCCAUUUUAUCAAAGAAUGUCCCACUCGGCCUCCACCAAGGAAAUCCUCAACUUCUUCUCCAACCAUCCCCGAUAGUCCUAUCCCUGAGAUGGUCCAACAGAUUAUGUCAGAAUGUCCCUUCUUUUUUCAAGGACUAGGUGUUAAGGAAGAUACUCGCGAAGGGGCCUAAAGUUGGCAGACUUUUUCUUCUGCAUUUUUCUAUUCCUCGUAGUUUAUCUUUGGCUUGUAUGACAGUUAAUAAUCCAAGUGAAGUAUGGCAAAUGUUUGGGCCAUCCAAACUCUGUUAUUUUAUCUCAUAUGUUCAAUUCUGGUUUGUUAGGCAAUAAAGAACAUGUUUCUAAACACUUGUCAUUUGAUUGUUCUGUAUGCAAACUUGGUAAGAGUAAGAUUCUUUCGUUUCCUU